AUGUUACUUCAUGGAUAAUCUGUGAUGGUGACAUAGACCCUGAAUGGAUCGAAUCUCUGAAUUCUGUCCUUGAUGAUAAUCGACUGCUUACUAUGCCUAGUGGAGAAAGAAUUCAGUUUGGUCCAAAUGUUAACUUUCUUUUUGAAACUCAUGACUUGAGCUGUGCUUCUCCUGCCACAAUAUCUCGCAUGGGAAUGAUUUUCCUUAGUGAUGAAGAUACUGAUCUUAAUUCACUGAUCAGAUCUUGGUUGAGAAACCAACCUGAAGAAUGCAGACAUAAUCUUGAAAAUUGGAUUGGAGAUUAUUUUGAGAAAGCUUUAAAUUGGGUACUAAGGCAGAAUGACUAUGUGAUAGAAACAAGUUUGGUUGGAACUGUGAUGAAUGGGUUGUCCCAUCUUCAUGGAUGUAUUGAACGUGGACAAUUUAUAAUUAGCCUGAUAAGAGGACUUGGGGGAAAUCUCAAUAUGAAAUCACGACAAGAAUUUACUAAGNAGGUUUUUUCUUGGGCCCGAGAAUCCCCUCCAAACCCCAACAAACCAAUGGAUACCUAUUUUGAUCCUGAUAUACAACAGCUAGUAUCCUACCAACUGAAAAAGCCUGAAAACCUUACAGCGGAUGAUUUCAGCAAUACUCAGACACUUCCAGUAAUUCAAACGCCUGAUAUGCAAAGAGGUUUAGAUUACUUUAAGCCUUGGUUAGGUUUUGAUAGCAAGCAACCAUUUCUUCUUGUUGGACCUGAAGGAUGUGGUAAAGGAAUGCUACUCCGUUAUGCCUUUUCCCAGCUUCGGUCUACUCAGAUUGCUACAGUUCAUUGCAGUGCACAGACUACAUCUCGGCAUCUUUUGCAGAAAUUAAGUCAGACAUGUUUAGUAAUUAGCACUAAUACUGGACGAGUAUACAGGCCAAAAGAUUGUGAAAGACUGGUUUUAUAUCUAAAAGAUAUAAAUUUGCCUAAGCCUGAUAAAUGGGGAACAAGCACAUUGGUGGCUUUCCUACAGCAGGUACUUACAUAUCAAGGAUUUUAUGAUGACAAUCUUGAGUGGGUUGGGUUGGAAAACAUCCAAAUUGUGGCAUCCAUGUCUGCUGGAGGAACAGUGGGAAGACAUAAGCUUACUUCUAGGUUUACUUCUAUAGUCCGUCUUUGUGCAAUUGAUUAUCCAGAAAGAGAUCAGCUACAGACAAUUUACAGUGCAUACUUGGAACCAGUUCUUCACAAGAAUCUAAAAAAUCAUCCUGCUUGGGGAUCCUUAGCAAAAAUAUACCAGUUAGCAGGAUCCAUGGUUCAAGUAUAUGAGCAGGUUCGAGCCAAAUUCACAGUUGAUGACUACAGCCACUACCUUUUUACACCCUGUAUUCUUACUCAAUGGGUUUUAGGUUUAUUCAGAUAUAAUUUAACAGGAGGCGGAUUCACACACUCGGUAGAUACUGUCUUGGAAAUUGUUGCAUAUGAAGCAAAACGGCUUUUCCGUGACAAAAUUGUUGGUGCUAAAGAAGUUCAUGCAUUUGAUAAUAUUUUAAUGAAAGUCUUUCAAGGAGAUUGGGGAUCUGAUAUUUUGGACAACAUGGCAGAUACCUUUUAUGUGACAUGGGGAGCACACCAUGAAUUAGGCACCAUCAUGGCUCCAGGACAGACCCUGCCACCACAUGGGAGGCCACUUGGCAAACUUAACUCAACAGACUUAAAAGAUAUUAUCAGGAAG